AUGUCUUCCUCAAUUAACACUGGUAUUAAUGGUUUCGGUCGUAUUGGUCGUAUUGUCUUACGUGCCUCACUUGAAAACCCCAAAGUAAACGUUGUUGCUAUCAACGACCCUUUUAUUGAUCUCGAAUACAUGGUCUACAUGUUCAAAUAUGAUUCUACUCAUGGCCGCUUUAAGGGAACGGUCGAAGCUAAGGACGGCAAACUUGUCGUAAAUGGUAACCCCAUCUCUGUAUUCUCUGAGCGUGAUCCUACUCAAAUCCCUUGGGGUAAAGCAGGUGCUCAUUAUGUUGUCGAGUCCACUGGUGUCUUUACGACUACUGAAUCUGCCUCUGCUCAUCUUAAGGGAGGCGCUCGCAAAGUGAUCAUCUCUGCUCCUUCGGCUGAUGCCCCUAUGUUCGUCUGCGGCGUCAACCUUGACUCUUACACGUCCGAUUUAAAGGUCAUCUCAAAUGCCUCAUGUACUACAAAUUGUUUAGCCCCACUUGCUAAAGUGAUCCAUGAUAACUUUGGUAUCUUGGAGGGUCUGAUGACGACGGUGCAUGCUACAACAGCGACUCAAAAGACAGUAGAUGGUCCAUCUCAUAAAGAUUGGCGAGGUGGACGUGGUGCAAGUGCUAAUAUCAUCCCAUCUUCCACUGGUGCUGCUAAGGCGGUUGGUAAGGUGAUUCCUGAACUCAAUGGCAAGUUAACUGGAAUGGCUUUUCGUGUGCCAACUCCGGAUGUGUCCGUUGUGGACUUGACCGUACGACUUGAAAAGCCAACAAGUUAUGAUGAAAUCAAAGCCGCUAUUAAAAGAGCAUCUGAAGGUGAUCUAAAGGGAAUCCUUGGCUAUACCACAGAUGAAGUUGUGAGUACAGAUUUCGUCGGCUCCAAGGAAUCCUCCAUUUUUGAUGCAAAGGCAGGCAUCCAACUUUCCCCGACGUUUGUUAAACUUAUCAGUUGGUACGACAAUGAGUAUGGUUACUCAACUAGAGUUGUGGACCUGAUAGAAUACAUUGCGGGUAAAGAUGGUGCCAUCUAA